AUUAACAGUGGGAGGAAGAGGGUGAUUUCAAACAAGUGCACAAGAGGCAGGGGAAGAGCGGCCCUCGCCUCCUGUUUGGUCUCAGGGUGGGAUCGCCCAGGAGAUGAAGGCUGGGCUCUGGCUGGUUUGAAACACGCACACGUCGGGUUUAGACGUGCGCGGGUUGGGGAAUGUGGCGAGAAAAGAUGAAAGAGGCCGGCGGGCGGCGCCUUGUGCCGGGGAGGAGCGGGAUGGCGUUGAGCGGCUCGGGAGAAGCGAGCAGCUCCCUCUCCUCUGGAUAAGGCGCGGACAAUGGGAUGCGCUGCUACAAUGGCACCAACGAUUUCUCCCGCAGCACCAAUUCUAUGCUCAGUCGAGGAAUUUUGCUGUCAGGAUGUUUAAACGUAUAUUUUUUAGCAGCGAUCACUAAUCGACUUUUUUUGUGUUGUUUUGCAUUCGGUUUAGUGCAAACACCAGAUGUAAAUGAUGUUUAAGUAUCACAUCCGCAUGGUUUUCAAUGACCUAAAAGUGCUAGUUUUGAUGAGAUCUUUUACGAUGCAAAGGAGCGAGCAGGAUUUAGAGACGGGCCAGAGGAGGGAAGGAGAAGAGGAAGGAGGAGGAGGGCGGCUGGUUGGAUCGGGAUGCGGCUGGCCUCCGUUCCCCAAUUGCUCGUCCCGGGCCGACGAGGAUUGUUACGGGGCGGAAGGUGCCGGAGCUGGAGGGGGACAGGAGGAGAAGGAGAGCAAUGCGCCUCUCCAGACCGGGAUGGACUCGGUGUCUCUCAGCAGCACCGAGAGCCCAUUGUGCAGGAUCUGUUUCCAGGGACCAGACCAGGGUGACUUACUGAGCCCUUGUCGGUGUGACGGUUCCGUGCGCUGCACUCACCAGCCGUGCCUAAUCCGCUGGAUCAGCGAGCGAGGCUCAUGGAGCUGCGAGCUAUGUUACUUUAAAUACCAGGUCCUGGCAAUCAGCACCAAAAAUCCCCUGCAGUGGCAGGCAAUCUCCCUCACAGUGAUUGAAAAGGUGCAGAUAGCCGCCAUCAUCCUUGGCUCCCUCUUCCUAAUUGCUAGCAUCUCCUGGUUAAUUUGGUCCUCCCUCAGUCCGUCGGCUAAGUGGCAGAGACAGGACCUGCUCUUCCAGAUCUGUUACGGCAUGUACGGCUUCAUGGACAUCGUCUGUAUAGGCCUCAUCAUUCAUGAGGGAUCGUCUGUGUACCGAAUCUUUAAGCGCUGGCAAGCUGUUAAUCAGCAAUGGAAGGUACUGAACUAUGAAAAAUCCAAGGACCUAGGGGAAGCCAUUAGUGGGACAAGCAAGACAGGGGGAAGAAAUUCACGGACGAACCAUUCAUCAAACAAUGACAGGAGUUCCACUCAGCGCACUGGAACCAUUUUGAAUCAUCACUGUGGAUAUACCAUCCUGCACAUUCUCAGCUAUCUGAGGCCUAACAACACUCAGAAUGGUAACAGCUCAAAUAGAGAGCUGGUCAUGCGAGUUACAACAGUCUGAAAUGAAAUAAAAAGGACAACUUACUGUUCACAAACUUUACAGACUCGCCACAAAAAAAACAAGUACCACCACCAGGGUUGUAAAAGGAUGUUAACUGAAGUGUCAGAAUGAGAUCAGUAAGCUUGGUGUGACGGAACGAAAAAUAGGCCUGGACACAGGCCCCAACUUCUAUGUCUGAAAUUUGCCAUCUUUGUUUUCUAAACAUUUUUUUAAAAAAAUCUCACUUGAAAGCUUGGAAACCCCAGAACCAGUAUUUUAUAAAGAGAGAAAAAAGAAACAAACUGAAUCAAUGAAUAAUGGAACGCAAAAGAGUUUGUUUAAAAACUGCCCCGCCAAAAACGUGCAAUAACGAACAUCAGUUCCAAUAUGCUGUGGGAUCUCGGCAAUAAGUUAUCUAUGUAUUUCACCUUUUAAUUUAACGCAUGUCACUGUUUUCUUCUCCUCCCACCUCGAGUUGGGAGAAAAAUAAUUUAUAUGCAAAUGGUGGUCUGCAAAUAAAUUUGGUUUUUCAGGUGGGCGUCCUUAAGAGUAUUCAGCAAAUUUUAAAUAUAGGUUUGUGAGGAAUUUCGAGAUAUAAUUUACGUACAUUAUCCAAAUGUGCCACUGCAGAAAUGUAUAAAUGAUCAAUUUAGUAUAACCUAUCUUGGUUCCACAAAGCGUACAUGUCACAUUCAAGAAUGGCUUCUCUUGAUAAGAGUGCAUUCUAAUAUAUACAGGGCACGUUUUUAAAUAUACUUGAAUACAAUCCAGGAUGAAAUUCCUAUAUAUAUUUGAACAAACAAUCUAAUUAGCAAACACUGGAGACCUGUUAAAAUGUGCUAUGUAUUAAUAUCAUACAAGCAUAAUUCAAGCCCUCCAGCUAAUUUAGGUGAAUCCUCUUUUCAGGUUCAUUUUAUCUGUUUAGAUAGACUAAAGUUUUCCCUGUUGAUUGUGUUGGACAGAGGAGUUGAAAGUGUAACAUAGUAAGAGCCCAAUCUGACUUGCAGAAUGUGAUAUUAUGAGAGUCAGUAAAUAUUGAUGGGCAACUGGGUUUGAUUUCAUGACUUCUCAAUUACCAACAACAACCUCUCAUUCUGCAUCUAUACUGUGUGGAGCUGGUGGUUGAAGUUUCAUGCAGUUGAUAUCUUGAAACUCUCCAGCAGGUUGGAGAUCUGUACAGCUGGAGAAGUGAGAACUUUGGCCUUUUAUUGCCCACAAUUUGUCCAUUAAGUUGGCAGUGGAGGUUCCCAGUGAGCAGUCUGCAAUGACUGACCCUUUACCUUAGCUGUACGAAGUUUAAAACAUGGGUAUGGUACAGGGUGACAUGGUGUCCAAGCUGUGUGGAAAAUAUAGUUGAAGGUCAGAAGUGAAAACACAGUGCAAAGCUACAGAAGCUGGAAAGGUUUGGCCUUCAAACUAAAAAUAUGCCGGUCCUUACUGGAAAUUGUGAUGCUAGUCGCAUUGAUUUGAGAAGCCAAUCAAGUGAAAAUGUAUUACAAUGAAUUUUCCAAAAAAUGGAAUAAAAUAUGUUAAAAACUGAUCAGUCCAGCUGCAAACUGAUGCACCUCCAAAUACAGCAAAACCUACGCUGUUUGGGCUGAUAAGUGGCAGAUAACAUACAUGCCACAUAGGUGGCAUGCAAUAACUAUGUCAAACGAAGGAAGUCCUAAACAUCAAUUAACAUUCAAUGGCAUUACCAUCACUGAAUUUUACCCCCACUAUUAACGUCCAGAAGACUACCAU